GUGAGGAGCCAGAGGAUACAGACUUUGAGAUGCCCAAGGUGUAUGAGCCCAUCGAGUCGCUUGAGGGCCUGAUGGAGAGGCUCAACAUGUUUCUUGGCCAGUACAACGAGAGCAUCAGAGGAGCUGGCAUGGACAUGGUGUUCUUCAGAGAUGCUAUGAUACACCUUGUCAAGAUCUCCAGGAUCAUCCGCACCCCCAGAGGGAAUGCCCUUCUAGUAGGAGUGGGGGGCUCAGGCAAGCAGAGCCUGACUAAACUGGCUUCCUUCAUCGCCGGAUACAAGACCUUUCAGAUCACACUAACACGUUCGUACAACACUGCUAACCUGAUGGAGGAUCUGAAGGGUCUGUACAGGACAGCAGGCCAGCAGGGAAAAGGCAUCAGCUUCAUCUUCACUGAUAACGAGAUCAAGGACGAGUCUUUCCUGGAGUACAUGAAUAAUGUGUUAUCAUCUGGGGAGGUGUCGAACUUGUUUGCUCGAGACGAAAUUGACGAGAUCAUCAGUGACCUCAUACCAGUCAUGAAAAGAGAGUUUCCUCGGCGACCACCAACCAAUGAGAACCUCCAUGACUAUUUCAUGAGCAGGGUCAGACAGAACCUACACGUGGUUCUCUGCUUCUCUCCUGUUGGGGAAAAGUUCCGGAACAGAGCCCUGAAGUUCCCUGCCCUCAUCUCCGGCUGCACCAUGGACUGGUUCAGCCGCUGGCCCAAAGAUGCUCUGAUCGCAGUGUCAGAGCACUUCCUGUCCACCUAUAACAUCGACUGUUCGACCGUGGUGAAGGGGGAGGUGGUGCAGUGUAUGGGCUCCUUCCAGGACGGCGUGGCAGAGAAGUGUGUAGAUUACUUCCAGAGGUACCGCCGCGCCACGCACGUCACUCCCAAGUCCUACCUCUCCUUCAUCCAGGGAUACAAGACCAUCUAUAAGGAGAAGCACUCYGAGGUGCAGACACUGGCACACAGGAUGAACACAGGUCUUCAGAAGCUGAGGGAGGCCUCUGUGUCUGUAGCAUUACUCAGCAAAGAGCUGGAGGUCAAAGAGAAGGAGCUGCAGAUCGCCMACGAGAAGGCAGACAUGGUGUUGAAGGUGGUGACAGUGAAGGCCCAGGCAGCAGAGAAGGUCAAGGUGGAGGUCCAGAAGGUCAAGGAUAAGGCUCAAGCCAUAGUGGACAGCAUCUCUGCGGACAAGGCCUUCGCUGAGGAGAAGCUGGAGGCUGCCAACCAGCCCUGGAGGAGGCUGAGGCCCGUCGGACUUGCCACGUGUCGGACCCUGGGUCGGCCUCCACUCAAUCAUGAGGAUCAUGGACUGUGUUCUGCUGGCUGUUCGCAGAGGAGGGUGAACACGGUGAAGAUCGACCCGGAGAAGAACUCACCAUGCCCUUCUCUGGAGGAGUCUCAAAACUCAUGA